AUGGCUGAAUUCCUGGUCUCUACUGCCUUGGAUCAAUUGGCCUCCAUGGGCCUUGAACAGCUCCGAGAAGAGUGCAGACUGAUUUCAAGUGUUGGAGAUGAAGUAAAUAGACUGUCUAACACAUUUCGGACAAUUCAGGCUGUGAUUGAGGAUGCAGAGGAAAAGCAAGUCAGCAACCAAGCUGUGAAAGAAUGGUUAGUAAAUAUCAAAGAUGCAGCUUAUGACAUUCAUGACCUGCUGGACGAGUGGAACACCAAACAUCAGAUAUCACGAAUGAAUAAGAGAUCUGAUAAUGCUUCUUGCAUUAGCUUGAUGAAGAAGGUAAGCAACACUUACCUGUUCCCUCCUUUCUUUUGUUUCAACCCCAUACAUUUGCGCCAUAACAUGGGUAUUAAGAUGAAGAAGAUCAGGAAAAGACUUGCUACAAUUGCAACUGACAGAGUUAAUUACCAGCUUACUGAAACUGCUACUAGUAAUAGGAGGAGAAUAGACGAGAUUGUAGGGCGAGCUAGAUCAACAAGUUCUCAAGUAGAUGUAUCAGAAAUAGUUGGUCGUGAUGUAGAGAAGGAAGAGAUAAUAAGUAAGUUGGUAAGUGAUCAGAGCAGUCGACAACAUGAAAUAGGCCUUCAUCCAGUCCCCAUCAUCUCUAUUUAUGGUAUGGGGGGCUCAGGCAAGACAACCCUUGCAAAGCUAAUCUACAACGAUCAUAAGAUCACAACUCAUUUCCAAGUGAGAAUUUGGGUGUGUGUCUCUGAGCCUUUCGAUAAGGCCAAGAUUGCCAAAGCAAUAGUUGAAGCUGUAGAAGGAAAUAUCAAUUUCAGAGGUGAUAUUGAAUGGCAAGUGUUGCACCAGAAACUCACAAACUCCUUACAGGGAAAGCUUUAUCUACUUAUUCUGGAUGAUGUGUGGUCUGACAAAGAAUCAGAAUGGGAGGACUUGAAAAUUUCCCUGAAUCAAGGUUCACUAGGAAAUAGAAUUGUGGUCACCACACGAAAGCAGAAUGUUGCAGAGAUGAGGGGCACAACAUACAGUCAUCGUCUUGGCAUGCUAUCAGACGAAAACUGCUGGAUGUUGUUGAGUCGUAUAGCUUUUGAUGGGAGGACAGAAGAAGAAUGUGCAAAACUGGAAGAGGUAGGCAAGAAAAUUGCAAAGAAAUGUCAAGGCUUACCUCUUUCUGCAAAGACUUUAGGUGGUCUGCUCCGCAACAAAAAGCCAUUUGAACACGAGUGGAAACAUGUGUUAGAAAGUAAUACAUGGGAAUUACUAGAAGCUAAACAAGAUGAUUUCAAUGGAGCUGUAUUACUGAGCUAUUACGACUUGCCUCCCCACUUAAAACGAUGCUUUGCAUUUUGUGCAGUGUUUCCUAAAGAUUAUGUGAUGGAAAAGGAUACCCUCAUCAAGUUGUGGAUGGCACAAGGAUUCCUCAAGAGUACUAAUACCAGUCAUCAUCAUAUGGGAAGAACACCAGAGUUGUUAGGUGAAGACUAUUUUGAUGAACUGGCCAAUCGUGCAUUUUUUCAUGAUUUUGUGAGAGAUGAAAAUGGCAACAUAGAACAGUGCAAGAUGCAUGAUAUUGUGCAUGAUUUUGCACAAUUUCUCACAAAAGAUGAAUGUUAUGCAAUAGAAAUGGAGAUCAAUGAUAACAUUAAUGCACAAGACUUGUUCAACUUUCACAAAGCUCGUCAUCUAAGCUUAGAAUUGGCAUCAUAUCCUGAGUCUACAAAGCCUGCUCAUCCUCUAGUGAUUUGCAAAGCAGAGAAACUACGAACGCUAUUAUUGUCCUCUUUUCGUGUGGAAGUAUCAUUACCCGAUUUAUUCCAUCAUUUGACUUGCCUAAGGGCACUAAGACUGGAAAUAGGGGACAUUAAGGAAAUACCAAGGGAGGUGGGAAUGUUGAUGCAUCUAAGAUUCCUAGAUUUGUCUAAUCAGCUAGAAUUAAAAGAAUUGCCAGAAACCAUUUGUGAUCUAUACAAUUUGCAGAGUCUAAAUCUUGAUCACUGUCAACAAUUGAAGAAAUUGCCCAAAGGGAUUGGAAAAUUGACACAAAUGAGAUAUCUUGGAAUUGAAGAUACUACUAAUCUUAAACACUUACCACAAGGUAUUGGGAGAUUAUGCUCAUUGCAUACAUUAUCCAAGUUUGUUGUAAGUGAUGAUGAUUCUGAUGGUGGAUGUAAAAUUGAAGAAUUGAAUGACCUCAACAACCUCAAAGGGAACUUAGAAAUAAAAGAGCUGGGCAAAGUAGCAAACAAGAAUGAGGCUAGCAUGGCCGAUUUGAAGAAGAAGCAACAUCUCUGUCAUUUAUGGCUAUCCUUCAGUGAAGGUAGUUAUAAAGAUGAUGACACAGUGGAGAGAAUGGAGGGUGUACUCGAAGCUCUGGAACCACCUCAGUUCUUGGAGACAUUGGGAAUAUAUGGAUACAUUGGUAGUAAGUUACCAAACUGGAUGAAUCACUUGCUGUUGCCUAAUCUUGUCUGUCUACAGCUUUUUAAUUUUAAAAAUUGUAAGCAAUUGCCACCUUCUCUGGGAAAACUGCCAUCCCUUAAAGAGAUUGCAUUGCGGAAAUGGAAUGAGGUUAAGUGCAUGAAUCUGGAAUUCUUUGGAUUGAUCAAUACUAAUAAUACAGGUCGAACUGCCACUUAUGCGAGUGAAGGAAAUGAUGAAGAGAAGAAUAAAAUGUUAUUGUUCCCCAAGUUGGAUUAUAUCUCAAUCUCAGAUAUGCCAAACUUAGAGGAAUGGAGCCUUAGAAUACAAGAGGAAGGUGGAGAGACGACUACUACUACUACUACUGCCAUUACCUUUAUGCCAUGUCUUCGUACCUUGAAAUUUCGAUACUGCUCUUCGUUGAAAGCAUUGGUUCACAUGUCCGCUGCAGCACCACUAAGGACAUUAGUUAUAGAAAACCGUCCACAACUAGCAUCCUCAUCUUCAUCAUGCCUUCCAGAAGACCUUGAGGAGUUGGAGAUAGAGGAGAAAACAGGGGACAUCCAUAUUUUAGAAUCAUUACAACCAAAUAACAGCAUCAAGUUGUUGACUCUUUCUGGUUCUGGUGGAUCGCGUGCUGGGUCACUUCCCAGAGGAUUGAAAAAUCUGGCAGUGCUCCGAACAUUAAAAGUCAGAUCGUGGAAAUUCAUAGCUUCUCUGCCUGAACCUGAAGAACUACAACAUCUCACCAUGAUACAAGAAUUGAGCAUCUGGCACUGUCCAGCUUUGAAGAAAAGUUGCCAAAAGGAGAUAGGAGAGGAGUGGAACAAGAUAUCCCACAUCCCCAAUAUUAUAAUGGACGACACGAAGAUCCAGUAA